AUGCUUGAAAAUGAGUUCAAAGAAAUCUCCAUGAUAAGAUGGUUUCCAGAAUCGACAGUUUAUCUUUGUCUCCACAAGAAAACUGGAGUUCAUGUUAACAUAGAAAAGAUUCCACAUGAUCAUGUAUUAACUAUAGAAGAAGAGCAUAAAUUAUCAGAUGAAAUCGGAAGAAGAAAAGUAUUAUCCAAUCUAAGCACAUUUCAACGAACAUUAGAUAUCAUUAGAAAAAAAGAAUAUACUUGGAUUAUUUCCGAAAAUGUUGGCGGAAACAACCUUUACGAUAUGAUUGCAAAUGGUCCACUACCAAUGGAGCAAGCUCGAUAUCUAUUUUUCCUUUUAACUUAUACAGUUUUAGAAUUACAAGGUAGAAAUUACGCAAUUUUAGACUGGGAUCCAGAAAAUUUUUACUUUUUCACCACAAUGUUUAAAUUUACUAACUAUAGAGGUAUUCUUACUACGGGAACAUACGAAAAUAAAGAUUCAUUAAUGUGGAUUGGCGAUCCAAGAUGGAUGUCACCAGAGAGUCUUGGCGUAGGAGAAUAUGAUAUAGUCACAUCUAAUAUAUUUUGCCUCGGUCUUUACUUAUAUGCAUUUUUAACUGGAAAAUUAUUUCCAACAAUGCAUAAUAAAGGUGAUAUGAGAGUAAAUUAUUCAAAACCAGACUUAUCAUCGAUAGAAGGCACUAUUGAUAAAAAUGCUUUUGCAUUACUUAAGACAUUACUUGGAAAACCUGAUGAAAGGCCUUCUCUUAGAGCAAUCCUUAAUCAUCAGUUUCUGAAACCACAUGUGCCAUUCCCACACUAUCAUCCGCCUCUUGUUCUUGAAGAUAAUGUCAAAGAAUGGAUUACAUUUUUGAAACAUGACCCAAAUAUUUGCCUUGCAGAGUUGAAAGACUUGAAUGUAUCUGAAAAUACUCUUAUAAUCAACCUCUCAAUAACUGCCGCAGCUAAAGGAUACAAACCUCAAUCAAUGUCAAUUAAAAACAAAAUUAAUAUACAUAAGUAUGUAAAGUCGGACUUUAUAUUACUUCCAGAAAAAUUAAACAUUGAUUUGGAGAUGCCACCACCUCCAGAAAAGCCGAAAAAGGAGAAAAAGAAAGAUGAUACAAAAGAACUUGAUAAACUCAUGGACUUUUGUAGGAAGAGGUUAGAAGAAAGAGGUGUUAGAGUUCAGACAAUUAUUCAAACCCCAAGACCAAAAACAACUUUAAUUUAA